AUGUCUCCCUCGAUGACCAGGGACCAAGUCGCGUCUGCUCAGCUAUCAGGCGACUAUGCCAUAAAAUCUGAAAAAGCUGCUCCUGCGCUCGAUACGUCCCAAUGGCCUCUUCUACUUAAAAAUUAUGACAAGCUACUUGUGAGAUCCAGCCAUUUCACCCCCAUUCCUUCAGGAUGCAGUCCUUUGAAGCGUGAUAUCGUGUCUUAUGUCAAGUCUGGCGUCAUCAACCUUGACAAGCCCUCCAACCCAUCUUCACAUGAGGUUGUUGCUUGGUUGAGGAGAAUCUUGCGUGUUGAAAAGACAGGACACAGUGGUACUUUGGAUCCCAAAGUCACUGGUUGUUUGAUUGUUUGUAUCGAUCGCGCAACUAGAUUGGUCAAGUCGCAACAAGGAGCUGGAAAGGAAUAUGUUUGCGUGCUCCGUCUACACGCCGGCCUUCCCAACCCAGCCUCCCUCCCCCGCGCGCUACAGACCUUGAGCGGUGCUCUUUUCCAACGCCCCCCUCUGAUCUCCGCCGUAAAGCGUCAACUAAGAGUACGCACAAUUUACGAGUCCAAACUUCUUGAGUUUGAUGACAAGCGAAACCUUGCUGUGUUCUGGGUUUCCUGCGAAGCUGGAACUUACAUUCGUACGCUUUGUGUUCAUCUUGGUCUGGUUUUGGGUGUCGGCGGCCAUAUGCAAGAGCUCCGUCGAGUGCGAAGUGGCGCCAUGUCAGAAAACGACGACAUGGUAACUAUGCACGACGUUAUGGACGCCCAAUGGCUUUAUGACAAUAAGAGAGAUGAGUCUUAUUUGCGCCGUGUGAUCAAGCCUUUGGAAUGCCUGAUGGUUGGCUACAAGCGUAUAGUUGUCAAAGACAGCGCCGUUAACGCAGUCUGCUAUGGUGCAAAACUUAUGAUACCUGGUUUGCUACGUUACGAGGCGGACAUUUCUGUGCAUGAGGAGGUCGUCUUGAUGACGACCAAGGGCGAGGCAAUUGCUCUGGCUAUUGCUCAGAUGUCGACCGUCGAGCUCGCUACAUGCGAUCACGGUGUUGUUGCUAAAGUUAAACGGUGCAUCAUGGAGCGGGAUACAUAUCCUCGUCGCUGGGGACUUGGCCCCGUUGCACUGCAAAAGAAAAAGAUGGUCAAGGACGGAAAGUUGGGUAAACACGGUGAGAAGCUCGAGGGUGUCACACCCGCUGAGUGGAGCAAGGACUAUGUCGACUAUAACCGUGAUGAAGUUACGACAACCACCGCUGCGGCUGCCGUUGCGAGUGAGCAUGCUCAGGCUGGCCCCUCGACCACUGCCGAAGAUGGAGCUGCCAGCCCCAAAAAGGAAGAGAAAGAAAAGAAGCGGAAACGCAAAUCAGAAAUCCCCGGUGCUGAAGAGGCUCAGGCGGAGGACGGCGACGUGGCUGACGCUGAAAAGGCCGAGAAAAAGAAACGAAAAAAGGAGAAGAAAGAAAAAGAAGAGGCUGAACAUGGCGAGGAGGACGAGGAAGCUCGGCGGGAGAGGAAGAGGCUAAAGAAAGAGAAAAAGGCUCGGGCGUCAAUGGGUGGAGAGUGA